CGGCGGAGCUGCGGUGGCUGCUGCUGCGGGGAGGAGCGCCGAGGUGGCCGCCUGGCGUCGCCCCGACUUCCCAAGUGGGGGCCGAGCGGCCGUUCGCCGAGCCUCCAGUCGGAAGGCACCGGGGAAGCGGGUCCUGCAAACUCCGCCUCGGCGCCCCCUCUCCACCCCCUGGCCCCUGCCCUUGGAGAAAGUGGAGUGCGGCGCGCGGUUGUCAUCCUUCCCGCGGACGGCGGCGCGGUGCACGGACUCGGCUGCUGCCCGGUGGGCUUUCCGCGUUCGCGCUGGUGCUCCCCCUGCCCACCCCGGUCGACGAUGAGGGAGAGUCUGCGGGCGACAGCGGCCCGCUGCGGACUGGGACUGGGAUACGUGCUGCCCAUGCUGGUGCUCCCUGCCCUGGCCCUGCUCAGCGCCAGCCGCACGGGCUCGGCCGCUCAAGACGACGACUUUUUUCAUGAACUGCCAGAAACUUUUCCAUCUGACCCACCUGAACCUUUGCCACAUUUCCUGAUCGAGCCUGAAGAAGCUUAUAUUGUGAAGAACAAGCCUGUGAACCUGUAUUGUAAAGCCAGCCCUGCCACCCAGAUCUACUUCAAGUGCAAUAGUGAGUGGGUUCAUCAGAAGGACCACAUAGUAGAUGAGAGAGUGGAUGAAACCUCUGGUCUCAUUGUCCGGGAAGUGAGCAUUGAGAUUUCGCGCCAACAAGUGGAAGAACUCUUUGGGCCUGAUGAUUACUGGUGCCAGUGUGUGGCCUGGAGCUCAGCGGGCACCACCAAGAGCCGGAAGGCCUACGUGCGCAUCGCAUAUCUACGCAAGACAUUUGAGCAGGAACCCCUGGGGAAGGAAGUAUCCUUGGAACAGGAAGUUUUGCUCCAGUGUCGACCGCCUGAAGGGAUCCCAGUGGCAGAGGUGGAAUGGUUGAAAAAUGAAGACAUCAUUGACCCAGUUGAAGACCGGAAUUUUUAUAUUACUAUUGAUCACAACCUCAUCAUCAAGCAGGCCCGCCUCUCAGAUACCGCAAACUAUACAUGUGUCGCCAAAAACAUUGUUGCCAAGAGGAAAAGCACAACGGCGACUGUCAUCGUCUAUGUAAACGGUGGCUGGUCCACCUGGACAGAGUGGUCUGUGUGUAAUAGCCGCUGUGGACGGGGGUUUCAGAAGCGCACGAGGACCUGCACCAACCCAGCACCCCUCAACGGUGGUGCCUUCUGCGAAGGGCAGAGCGUGCAGAAAAUAGCCUGUACCACGUUGUGCCCAGUGGAUGGCAGGUGGACCUCCUGGAGCAAGUGGUCUACUUGUGGGACAGAGUGCACGCACUGGCGCAGGAGGGAGUGCACGGCGCCGGCCCCCAAGAACGGAGGCAAGGACUGCGAUGGUCUGGUCUUGCAAUCCAAGAACUGCACUGAUGGGCUCUGCAUGCAGACUGCUCCUGAUUCAGAUGACAUUGCUCUGUAUGUUGGCAUCGUCAUAGCAGUGAUUGUUUGCCUGGCCAUUUCUGUGGUUGUGGCGCUCUUUGUGUAUCGGAAGAAUCACCGUGACUUUGAGUCUGAUAUUAUUGACUCUUCGGCACUCAACGGAGGCUUUCAGCCUGUGAACAUCAAGGCAGCAAGACAAGAUCUCCUGGCAGUACCUCCAGACCUCACAUCAGCUGCAGCCAUGUACAGGGGACCUGUCUAUGCCUUACAUGAUGUCUCGGACAAAAUCCCCAUGACCAACUCUCCAAUUCUGGACCCACUGCCUAACCUGAAAAUCAAAGUGUACAACACCUCCGGUGCUGUCACCCCCCAGGACGACCUCUCUGAGUUUGCAUCAAAGCUGUCCCCUCAGAUGACCCAGUCCUUGUUGGAGAAUGAGGCCCUGAACCUGAAGAGUCAGAGCCUGGCAAAGCAGUCUGAUCCGUCCUGCACCGCAUUUGGCACCUUCAACUCUCUCGGGGGCCACCUUAUUGUUCCCAAUUCAGGAGUAAGCUUACUGAUUCCUGCUGGGGCCAUUCCCCAAGGGAGAGUCUACGAAAUGUAUGUGACUGUACACAGGAAAGAAACUAUGAGGCCACCCAUGGAAGACACCCAGACACUCCUGACCCCUGUGGUGAGCUGUGGGCCUCCAGGAGCCCUGCUGACCCGCCCAGUCAUCCUCACUAUGCAUCACUGCGCAGAUCCCAACACCGAGGACUGGAAGAUACAGCUCAAGAACCAGGCAGCACAGGGGCAGUGGGAGGAUGUGGUGGUGGUGGGAGAGGAAAACUUCACCACCCCUUGCUACAUUCAGCUGGAUGCAGAAGCCUGCCACCUCCUCACAGAGAACCUCAGCACCUACACCCUGGUUGGGCAGUCCAUCACCAAAGGGGCCGCCAAGCGCCUGAAGCUGGCCAUCUUCGGGCCACUCUGCUGCUCCUCUCUAGAGUACAGCGUCCGAGUCUACUGUCUGGAUGACACCCAAGAUGCCCUGAAGGAAGUUUUGCAGCUUGAGAGACAGAUGGGAGGACAGCUCCUAGAAGAACCGAAGGCUCUUCAUUUCAAAGGCAGCACCCACAACCUGCGCCUGUCCAUUCACGACGUCGCCCAUUCCCUCUGGAAGAGCAAAUUGCUGGCUAAGUAUCAGGAAAUUCCUUUCUACCACAUCUGGAGUGGGUCUCAAAGAAACCUCCACUGCACAUUCACUCUGGAAAGAUUCAGCCUGAACACGGUGGAGCUGGUUUGCAAACUGUGUGUGCGACAGGUGGAAGGAGAAGGGCAGAUCUUCCAGCUCAACUGCACCGUCUCAGAGGAACCUACUGGCAUCGACUUGCCUCUGCUGGACCCAGCGAGCACCAUCACCACCCUGACAGGCCCCAGUGCCUUCAGCAUCCCUCCCCCGAUCCGGCAGAAGCUCUGCAGCAGCCUGGAUGCCCCCCAGACAAGAGGUCACGACUGGAGGAUGCUGGCGCACAAGCUAAGCCUGGACAGGUACUUGAAUUACUUUGCCACCAAAUCAAGCCCCACUGGAGUAAUCCUGGAUCUUUGGGAAGCACAGAACUUCCCGGAUGGAAACCUGAGCAUGCUGGCAGCUGUCCUGGAAGAAAUGGGAAGACAUGAAACCGUCGUGUCUUUAGCAGCAGAAGGACAGUAUUGACCCACGCCGGACUGAAUGCACAGGGAGUCUGUGGCCGUCCCGGGGAUCACAGCUGAGGAGGAAACCCAGACCAGACCAAUGAGCUUCACAGGCAAGAUGGCAGCUGGAGAGAGAAGGAAAACAGAUACGAACUACCGCUAUAUACGCCCACUUUAUGGGACCUCGUCACCGGAGUUAAGAACAAUUGUGUACAUUUGUACCUUGAAUUUAGAAACCAACCUAAUUUUCCUCUUUGUUGGGCUGUAUGCUGUGUGGUACAGGAUCUUACAGUUUCCUAGGAAACGCUUUUUAUUGCUAUCCAGAUAUAUGGAUAAACUUUCUUAACAAACCCAAUUUCUACAAACGUUGUUUACAUCAAAUUGGACAGGGAUGCAGACACUGUCCAUGGCUCGUUCUAUUUUUGUUUAAAUCAUUUGAAGUUGAAGCUGUGGACGGUUUGUUGUGUCUAUUUCAGAUUAGUGAUUCACAGAGAAAUCACAGACUUUUGCUACAAAUCACGUGCAUCAAGUGUCUCAGAUAAUCCUCCCAUCGUGUUCUGUUUCUAGAACUUGUAAAACCAGUGUUACUGUUUGUAUCAGGGAAGUGGAGAAUCUAAGUGUGAAGGAGAAAUAGCUAAGAGUCCUUAUUCCUUCGGGACACCCACCCGGUGCCCUCUGGGAAUAAAGCUGCAGC